AUGGAACGCCAAGAAAUAGAAAAAUGUCUAUAUAAUGCUUUGAACCCAAAUGAUGCUAUCAGAAGAGAAGCAGAGAUGCGGAUUACUGAUUUUCAAUCGAAGGAUUAUUGUUCAUUUGUGCAAAACGUUGUUUCUAUAUUUAAAGAUAUAAAUUCUUCUAUGGAACUUAAAAUGCUUUCAGGAAUUAUUUUAAAAAAUUCUCUGCAUAGUUCAGACGCUAAAAUACAAGACCUCUACGAACAAAAAUGGAGUGCAAUUGACAACAAUACGAGAGAAUAUAUAAAAAAGCAAAUUAUUGAAUGCUUUGGCAAUACAAACGAAAAAAUUGCUAAUCUAGCCGGAUCAGCUUUGGGUUAUAUAGCACGGAUUGAAUUAUCUUUAAAUUUAUAUUUUGAUUUUUUCGAUGUAAUGGUACAAGUUAUGCAAGAUGAUUUGAAAGCAUCGGCUGUAUAUGAAGCGGUUUCUACUUGUUGCGCUACACUUACUAAUGAAACCUUGUUUAAUUUUAAAAUGUUUCUUAACACAAUUUUCAAUAUUUGCAUGAUGAAGUUGGAAAAUCCUCAAACUAGUGCAAAUAUAAAAGAAGUUGCUCUAAAAUGUACAAUGAAUUGUUUUAAAACACUUCAAGAUGUUUUUAAUAAUGAAAAUGCUGUAAUUAGAUUUCUUAAUAGUAUUGCUAUGUCAACUACUACCGAUGCAUCUUUGACACCAAAAGCUUUAAUUUGUCUUAACAAAUUUGUUUUUUUAAAUUAUAAUUUAAUAGAAAAUAAAAUUCCAGAUAUUAUUACUUUUUUUAAUAAUUUUUGGACAUUACCUUCUGAAGAAGUUCUAGUUCAGGUUAUUGAAUUUUGGACUAUUCUUGCGGAAAUCAAAGAGAUUAAUUUUAUAGAAGAAUAUUUGGAGUUUUUACUACCACAUGUUCUUAGGCUUAUGAAAAAAAACGAAGAUUAUGUAGAUUUAAAAUGGAAUGCUCACAAAGCAUCGGCUUAUUUACUAGAGACAAUAUCUGAAACUUAUGGAUCUAAAAUUCUGUUUAAUAAUCUUGUAUUUAAUUAUAUAGAAAGUGAAUUAAAUUCUGGGGAUAAAAUCAGAAUAGACACUGGCGCAAUAGUUCUGGGUAGUGUUAUAGUUAAAGAAUGUGAUCAACAACUUGUUAAUUUUAUAAAAAUACUAAUUUCAUAUAUGAAAGAUCCUAUAACUGAAGAGUCAUGUCUUUGGUGCCUUGCAAAAAUUUGUGAAACUAAUUUUUACGCAGUAGUCGAGCAUUUGGCUUUCUUGCUAAAUCAGACAUGUGAAAUAAUUAUUUCUAAAUCGCCAUCUUCUACAACAGCUGCUUGGAUUUUAAAUUCGAUAUUUAUUUCGUUAAAUUUUGUUAAACAGAAAAAAAUUUAUUCCACUAAAUUUUCAUUAGAAACUCAACAAGCAUUAAAAGAAUGUGCAUUUAAACAGAUUAGAGAACAUUUUACAGAAAUACUAAAAGUAUUGAUAGCUGCAAAUGAGAAUGUUAGUCUUGAAAAUUCUACUUUACGUGUCGCAUUAUUUGCUGCCAUGGCUGAACAGAUACGAUUUACUGAACCAGAAUAUUAUGAAUUGCUGGACAAUGUUAUUGUAUAUUGUCAAAAUAAAAUUGUAGAAUGUGUUGAAGCGCUUAAUAAGGCAUCUGCCAGUCAUAUUCCUAUCAUAGAAGAUAUUUUAUCUAAUUAUAUAAUUUUAUCAGAAGUGGUAAUCGGGAAAAGAUCCAAAGACUCUGCUUCCUUUUUAUUGCCAGUUUAUAUUUCAGUUUUAAAAAGUAAACCAUCUUCUGCUAUUGGGGAGGUUUAUAUUGCUGUUACAUCUAACAUCCAUGACUUUUCUAAUUUUUUAGAAGAGUUUGUUCCUUUUAUUGCUCGAGAUUUAGGAUGUCUUGAUUCUUUUAUUUUAAAAUCUGCCAUAAAUUUAAUUGGUUUUAUGGCUAAUUCUAUACAGAAAAACUUUUUUCAUUUAUCGACACAAUUAAUUCCGCUUUUGAUACAAAAUCUGAGUUCUAAGCUUAUUUCGAAACAAGUAAAAACUCAAAUUCUUUCAGUAUUUGGUGAUAUCGCUAUUUCUCUCGAGAAUAAUUUUGAACAAUACAUUGACAUGUCUAUGAUGAUUUUUAUGCAAAUUAUUAAUUUAGAAAAAGCAUCUGAUCCAAACUAUGUAGAUGAUUUAAGGGAUAAUGUUAUUCAAAUGUUUAAUUGUAUUCUUUUUGCCACUUGUAAAUCAAAUAAAUUAAGAGAAGUUAUUUAUAAAUUAGUUGAAGGUAUUAAAAAAUUAUUGGCUGAUGAGAAUUCUGAAGAAACUUUGACGUCUAUCGCUACUCUUAUUACUGAUCUUAAAGCAGUAUAUGGUUUACAUUAUGAUUUAAAUGGAAAGUGGGUUGAAGACUUUUAUAAUCAAUAUAUUACAUCUAAAAAUCCCGCAUUAAGAAAUGCAGUACAGAAAAUUUAUAAUUAA